UGGAUGAUUGAUGGAUAAACGAAAGCUUGAAAAAGAGUUUUUAGAGGAGGAGGAACAAAGUCAAACAGAGUGGAAGAAACGAAGAAAACAAGACAACUUGGAACAAAGUUCAGAAACGAGUCAAGACGAUGAACAGGACUGGGGAAGACAAGGGCAGGAAGACGACUAUGAAGAUGAUGAAGAAUACAGUGAGGAAGAAGAAGAAAAUAACAAAGAAUAUUCAUCUAAGAAGAAAAAAAGGUCUUCCAGGUUUAUCGAGUUGGAGGCGGAAGUAGAUGAAGAAGAUGACGAUGAGGAAGCUGAAGAAGGUGACGAAAUAGAACGAGAGCUAAUCGACGAUGAGGAAGCAGAAGAAGUUGAAGAUACUAUGGCGUCUGUACAACAAAGAAAGGCGCUUUUGGACAGAAUGCGUUCGGAAAAUCCUGAAGAGCUGAGACGCUUUGUAAGAGAACGAUAUGGUGAAGUGGAUGAUGAUGAUGAAGAAGAAGAAGAAGAAGAGGAAGAAGAAGAAGUUCAAGGACUGCAAAGAGAAUAUAUUAAAGACAAAGGUAUUGAACAACAAGGUUUAUUGCCUACUGUGCAAGACCCAAAGCUAUUUCUGGUUAAGUGUCGAAUUGGAAGAGAAAAAGAGGCAGUUAUUUGUCUUUUACAGAAAUAUUACGAAUAUAAUCAAAAGAAAACUCCUUUGGAUUUCUUUUCAGCAGUAGCACCAGAACAUCUUCGUGGAUAUGUUUAUGUGGAAGCUUAUACGGCAGAUAGUGUAAAAGAAGCCAUCGAUGGUUUGAGAAUUCUAUUUCCAAGCACCUUAAAAUUGAUUCCAAUAGAAGAAAUGGUUGAUGUACUAAGUAUAGUGCCAGAGACUAGUCAAGUUGAACGAGGUGGAUGGGUUAGAAUAUCUAGGGGAACCUAUGCUGGUGAUUUAGCCCAAGUGUAUGACUUUAGAGAAGGCGAAACAAAUGUAACAGUGAGACUUAUACCUAGACUCGACCUUCAGGAAAUGAGGAAUGAGGACGAAACAGACAAGAAAAGACUCUCCGUCAACAGGAGGCCUCCACAGAAACUUUUUAAGAGAGAAGAAGUUGAACAAAUUGUUGGCUCGGAGGUAUUUCCCAGAAGAGAUCGUUAUACCGGAGAGGUAUUUGACGUAUUUAGAAAUGAAAACUAUCGUGAUGGAUUGCUAUAUAAACGAGUAUCUAUACGCAACAUUGUAACCGGUGACGAAGUUGCACCCACUUUUGAGGAAUUGGAAAUGUUUCACAAGGCUCAGCGUUUGGCUUCCGACGCAAAACAUGUCGAAGAUAACCAACAGGAACUGGAAGAUACGAUGGAAAAGACUUUAGAAUUGUCGCUGGAUACAUUAUCCUCCGAUGUUGAGAAAAAUAUGAACUUUUGUGUUGGCGAUAGUGUGAUUGUGGUAUCAGGUGACUUGAAAAAUCUUAGUGGAAGAAUAGAAGCCAUGGAAUCAGAUAAUAUGGUUGCAGUACGUCCAGAUGAUCCGGAACUUAAAGGAGAGCUCAUUCAGUUCUCAAAAGAGGAAUUGAAAAAAUAUUUUCGAGAAGGCACUCAUGUCAAAGCAAUCAAUGGUCGUCAUACUGGAGAAACGGGAAUGGUAGUUGGCAUUUCUGGAGAUAUCAUUACCGUAUUUUCUGAUAUUACAAAUGAAGAAGUGCGGCUUCAUAUUUCUCAAUUGACCGAAACUACCGAAGAAAGUUCUUCUAAAAGUGUAAUUGGAAGUUUUGAACUUUUGGAUCUAGUCACGCUUCAUAGUGAUCCUCGAGCUCGUGGAGUUAUUGUCCGCAUUCAAAGAGAUCAUGCCACGCUUUUGGAUACGAAUGGGUCAAAUAGAACAGUUUCGGUGAAAGAUAUUCGCAGUAAAUUGGAUGCUAAACGAGCACAAGCUUUAGACAUGAAUCAGAAACCUCUUCAAGUAGGAGAUAUGGUAAAAGUGGUUCAAGGAGUACAUAAGAACAGAGAAGGCUCUAUUCGACAUGUUGCAUCACCUUUUGUAUUUGUGAAUGUAAAGGAUGAGCCUCAAAACUGUGGCCUUAUUGUUGUGAGAGCACAAAAUUGUCAAGGUCCUCAUAGUGUACAUGGAAAUUUCAAUAUGACUGGUCAAAACAGUAUGAAGGGAGCUACCUUAUCUUCCAUGUUUUCUUUGGGAGGAAAUAGAUUCAAGACUGAUGCCACGUUGAGUCAUCCUGUAUAUUCCGGUAAUAUUGGAAAAGGUCACAAGGAAGACGACAAAUUGGUUCGUCAAGAUGUGUUGAUCAAAAGUGGUCCGUGGAAAGGUUAUAUCGGUAAAGUGGUAUCGGCUACGACAGCUUCUGUUCGAGUUGAAUUGGACUCUGUCUGUAAAACAGUGACAGUGGACAGAAGUCGUGUUGUGCCAAAGGAUACAGCGCAUUUGGAAAAGCAGAAACAAUCUUUACAAGGUGCUUAUACUCCCUCUUAUGAAAUGGGGAGUCAAACGCCGGCAUAUUCUGGAGGGAGUUCCAUGGCAACUCCUCUCCAUCAUGUCGGAUAUACACCAGUUUAUGCCCCUUUUACUCCUACCUUGGAUAGUGGUCGGCGUGAUGCACCGAGAACACCUAUUCAUAAUGCGUGGAGACCAACGACACCUGGUGCUGCUGAUUAUUCUAGCGGAAACAAGUGGUCCGAUUUGGGUCUUUCCAUGUACUCACCGUUUGCUUCACAAGAGACUGGAUUAGCAAGUCAAAAAACACUUGCUGAAAACAACGCCAUUUCUGAAAGUGUCGAUGACAAGAAAGUUGACCAUUCACUAUCUGUUGCAAAGGCAUGGAUAGAUGUUCUCGUGGAACACAAAACGAAGACAACUAUUCGAGGUUAUGUUGGUGGACAUUCUCCUGAUGGUAUGUAUCUGCAAAUAGAAUUGGAAGAUGGGAACUCUGGCUCCUAUGCCUUGUCAGAUAUGCAAAUGGUAGCUCCCGAGAAAAGUGAUGUGAUAAAAGUAGUGGAUGGGGAGUACACUGGUAUGAAGGGCCAUCUGCUCAACGCUGAAGGUGAUGAAGGGAUCGUCCAAUUUGAAGAUGGUGAAAUUAAAAUUCUCCCCGUUUCCAGUUUGGGCAAAAUUCGUGGAUAACGUGAAACCUGUUUUUCCAUAGUUGGUGUUACAUAGUAUAUGCAAAUGGGUGGUAUUUAUGUCGCUUUCAUCCUUUUUUUUCGCCCACAUCUUCUUUUGCAGUCUUUUGAAUCCCAUAAAUAAAAAACGAAUCCGUUCA